CUCAACCCCCCUUCGCCCCGCCCCUCUUCCGUUGACGCUCGCGCCAAAGCGGGAUAAUCGAUUGGUGGCUGAGAAGAAAGGCGCAUUCAGGAGGAGAAGGGAGAGAUUAGGAUUUGGACAUUCCCUUGUGUCACCGCUGCCGUGCCCUCCUCUCUGGCCAUGAUGGAACAGGCGCUGGAUGAAGAGGUGGACCUCCACAACAGCGAAGAGGAUUCGUUUUUCCAGGAUAUCGAUAUGUUGCAAAAGCAUGGGAUAAAUGUGGCUGACAUAAAAAAGCUGAAGACUGUGGGGAUCUGCACCAUUAAAGGCAUACAGAUGUGCACAAGGAAGACAUUGUGCAACAUAAAGGGCAUCUCGGAGGCAAAAGUGGAUAAAAUUAAGGAGGCGGUAUCUAAACUAAUCGAGCCAGGAUUCCUGACCGCCCUUGAAUACGGCGAAAAGCGAAAAAACGUUUUCCACAUCUCAACAGGAAGCCAGGAAUUCGACAAGCUACUUGGAGGUGGAGUUGAAAGUAUGGCAAUAACGGAAGCUUUUGGUGAAUUCAGAACUGGAAAGACGCAGAUGGCACAUACCUUCUGUGUCACUGCCCAAUUAGCAACUCCAAAAGGGUAUGCUGGAGGAAAAGUUAUCCUUAUCGACACAGAAAAUACAUUUCGCCCAGAACGUCUGAGGGACAUUGCGGAGCGGUUCAAUGUGGAUCCAGAUGCUGUGCUGGACAAUGUCCUCUAUGCAAGAGCUUAUACCAGUGAACACCAGAUGGAGUUGCUGGACUAUGUUGCUGGAAAGUUCCACGAGGAGGGAGGAAUGUUUAAACUUCUGAUAAUAGACUCCAUCAUGGCACUUUUCCGAGUGGAUUUCACUGGGCGUGGAGAGCUGGCUGACAGACAACAGAAGCUCGCGCAAAUGCUGUCACGGCUGCAGAAGAUUUCAGAAGAAUACAACGUUGCCAUUUUUGUCACAAAUCAGAUGACUGCAGAUCCAGGGGCCGCAAUGAGCUUUCAAGCUGACCCGAAGAAGCCGAUAGGGGGGCACAUAUUAGCACAUGCAUCCACAACGCGCAUCAGCCUCAGGAAAGGGAGAGGAGAAAUUCGCAUCGCAAAAGUAUAUGACAGUCCAGAUCUUCCAGAAAAUGAAACAUCGUUUGCCAUAACAGGCGGAGGAAUUGCAGAUGCUAAAGAAUGAAUAACAGGAAAAGUAAUCUGGAACAACCUAAAUAUGCACAACUUCCAGUUUAAAAUAUUUAAAUAACAUGCAGUUCUAACAGGUCUAUCUUUUAUUACACAUUCAUGGUCCACAUUGUGCUUAUUUUACGUGUAUUUAUAUUUUAACAAACGUUAACUUAAAGUUACAUUUUAGAACCAACGUUUAAAUAUAGUAAUUUUGUAGUGAGUUCAAAUGAGUCGCAGACGUACUCUUGGAGGCAACACAUUUAUUUAACACCAACACACGGGAUAACUGCCCCAUAACAGAAUAACAACCUGUGGUGGUGAUCACCAGGCUAACUACACUAGUCAUGACACUAGUUACAACGUGACUGGUGUAGUUAACCAGGUGGUGACCACCAGGCUAACUACACUAAUUAAAACGUAACUAGCUACUACAGACCGGACCACACCUAGGGUCCAGGUCCACGUGUUGGAGACUCGGUAGAACGUACACGAAGGUUUCUUCAGGAUGAACAACAACGCCGGCCCCUCAAGGGGACCCGGCUUAUAUCCUCUGCAGCGUGGCUGGCUCCACCCUUGGCCACGACCACCUUCAAGAAUCCUCGAGCAGGAUCUGGACCCUGACCAUGUGACCACCGCUAGACCCCACUUGGGGCCCCUUUGUAGACUUAACCGGUCACAUGUCCUCAGCGGGUAAACCAGAGUGCCAUGGGCUUUAGGAACCCCUUUCCUACGGCCAGCACUUCCACACCCUAUCCUGUAGGGCUGGCACUGCACGCCAAGCGUGAUGCCAACCAGCGCUCACCGAGCCCCUCUAGGGCCGGCACUAGACCCACAUCAUAGUGGUGUCCGCGAUGUCAGUUCCAUCGCACGCCAUGCCUCUCUAGGGCCGGCACUAUACAGUGACAUCCCGCAAUGUUACUACAAAUUGAUAUAAGACCAACAUAACCUUACAUUAAGUCCGAUUAAACGUGCUGUUAUCCUGUGUAUCUUUGCGAUUAGUACAUA